AUGUCUUCGGAAGCGCACCAGGAGAACACCCCACCAACAAGGAACUCUGCAGACGUCAGUACCAGUAAUCGGCGGCUGUUCUUUCUCUCGACCCUUACUGUUCUCGUCGCCGUGCUGAUUGCACUCAUUUGGCGUGACACCGCCAAUCUGUUCGUCUUCCGCCGCAUCUUCGGAUCGUCCUCGAACGCCGCUCGCUCGGCAGCGGGACCGUUGUCUGCGUCUGCGUCUCCGUCUACGUCAAUUGCGGCUGCAUCGGCUGCGCGAGCUCGGGGGCAUUCUGAUAUUGGAGAGUUGUCGGGUGGUAAGAUGAAGACGCCGCCGAACGUCAUGUAUGACGUCGAGCACCCGGCGUACAAGAAGUUGGGUGAGAUCGGGCGCGAGAUCACGACGAAGGUGAAACCGCGUGCCGUGGUAGUUUUCUCGGCGCAUUGGCAGGGUGGACGGGAUACUAUUUAUGUGAACACUGCUGAGAUCACGGAUCUGAUCUAUGAUUUUUAUGGGUUCCCCGACCACUACUACAAGGAGAAGUACCCCAACGUGGGCAGCAAGGAAGUGGCGCACAAAGUGCUGGACGCGCUCAAGGAUGCCGGCAUCGAUGCUCAGGGCGUAAAGCGCGGCCUGGACCACGGAGUCUGGGCGAGCUUCAAGUGCGCGUUCGAGCCCGACUCGAACCCACUGAACGUUCCUGUGGUACAGGUAUCGCUCUUCAACACCGAGGAUCCGAACCAGCACUACCGCCUCGGUCAGGCCGUGUCCCGCCUGCGUGAGGAAAAUAUCCUCAUUAUCGUCUCUGGCAUGGCCGUGCAUAACCUGCGCGAUCUGCGAUUUACGUUCGGCAAACCCCGCCCCAUGCCAUACGCCGUCAGCUUCGACGAGGCCCUGAAGGAAGCCGUGACAAAGGCACCGGCCGAGCGGGAGCAGGCCCUGAGUGAUCUUCUGAAGCGUCCGGAUGCACGCCAAGCUCAUCCAACCUUCGACCACCUGCUGCCUAUUCACAUUGGUGCGGGCGCCGCGCACGAGGACAUGGGAAAGAGGCUGUGGACGUUACCGGAAGGCAGCAUGAGCUGGGCGCAGUAUCGGUUUGGGGAACUGAGUAAUGCUAGCACUUCGUUAUAG